UCAUGCACCCGAGAUAGACAAUGGCUACGUUGUCAAGUACAACAGACGGAGAAAGGACGAUCACAUUUUUCUGGUGGCUUUCUACGAGUGCGAUGACUACUACGAACUGCAGCCUCCGGAGACGGAUCGAUUAUUCUGCAGUGGCAUGAAGUGGAUCGGGACGAAACCGAACUGUGUUUCUACCCGUGCCGAAGGCGAAGAGGACGACGAGGGUGAGGAAGAGGAGGACGAGGAAGGAGAUUACGGAGAAGAAGACGAGGAAGCGGAGGAAGACGGUGCUGACCAGGGAGAAGGAGAGAAGCAUAUUAUGUCAGCGGAGUUGCAACCAACAUCGACUACCAAAGCUGCUGAGCAUACAAUGAUGACUGAAGGAACGACCGAACGUGAUGUUACUCAUCACGAACGUGAAGAUCGAGGCGAAGAAAUUGAAGAUGAAAUCGUAGAAACUCAUCCGACGGAAGGCCGGGCUGAGUUGCCAGCGAUUGCUACUAAUGAAACAACGGAUGAUUCCGAGAAUGAAGACGACACCGAAGUAGACGGAGAGGACAUGACUGAGAAUCACGUGGGUUCCAUGGAUAUUCACGGAACAAUUACAACUGAUGGGUUUGAAGGCGAAAAUUUGAAUUCAGAGAUCAAACAUGAUCAUAAAGUUACGGACAAAGAAGAUGAAGACGACACUGAAGCUGAGGACGAGAUAACAACAAAGGAUCCACGGGAGAGCACCACAAUUGCAAUCCACAGUUGUGGAUCGAAUCGGGGUGGAUGCGAUCAUGAGUGUCAAGUGAUCUACCAUGAGAACGGAGUUCGUCCCAUCAUUCAAUGCUCUUGUUAUCAUGGAUUUUCACUGGAUCCACAUGACAGUCGGACUUGCCAUGAUAUAAACGAAUGCGAACAGAAUAACGGUGGAUGUGACCAUAUCUGCACCAACAAGCCGGGUUCUUUCGAGUGCAGUUGCCCGCCUGGUCUUCAAAUCGAUGUUCUGGAUGGUCGUAGCUGUAUCGAUAUUGACGAGUGUGCGGAGCAGGACCACGGCUGCGAGCACUGUCGGAACGCGUACGGCGGGUACGAGUGCACCUGCCCGGUAGGGUUCGAGCUGGCCGACGACGACAGGACCUGUCGCGAUGUGAACGAAUGUGAGGCGUACGGUGGGGAGGUGGAUUACGAUGAGGAAGAACCCGUCGAGAGGGUCCCGGUAAGCGUGUGUUCGCAUACAUGCGUCAACACGGUGGGUUCGUUCGAGUGUUCAUGUCCGGAAAGCUUCCACCUGAACCACGACCGCCGGACUUGCGUGAGGGACUUCUGCGCGGAUUUGUACGAGAAUCCAAACAAGACCAAGUGUUCGCAUGAGUGCAAAGACGGGGCGGAGGGAUUCGUGUGUAAGUGUCCCGAGUUUCACAUACUGGAUGAGUAUGAUCGGAAGACGUGUUUGAAUGUGUACAGCUGUGGGGAAGCACACAAAAAUCGCUGUGAGCCGGGUGUGUGUAGAAUCCUGGAAGGGGGCGACUACCGAUGUGAGUGUCCGUCGGGGUAUCAAACGCACGAUCACAGCUGUCACGAUGUGGAUGAGUGUGAGCUUAGAAGGCACGGUUGCUCGCAUGACUGUCACAAUACGGGUGGGUCGUAUGAUUGUAGCUGUCCUCGGGGGCUCCAGCUGUCGUCCGUGGAUAAUCGAACCUGCGAAGAUGUCAAUGAGUGUGAAGUCCAAAAGGAUGAGGGUCUGUGUGGCGAUUUGCAGUGCACCAAUACACAUGGCAGCUACAAAUGUGUCUGCCCGGAGGGUAAAGACCUGGACGAGUAUGGUAUCUGCCGACAGAUGGAUCUCUGCACGACGGAUAAUGGUGGAUGCUCACAUAUUUGUACCUUCUUUAAUCGGGAAACAUUCUGUGACUGUCCGGACAAAAUGGAACUGGAUGAUGAUGGUAAAACUUGUGUGGCGAUCAAUGAGUGUGAUCUGAACAACGGAGGUUGUUCACAUAUCUGUGAUAGCGAGUCGGAGAGUUUGUGCAAGUGUCCGUAUGGUUAUACCCUUGGAUCGGAUGCUCGAACCUGUCACGAUGUUGAUGAGUGCAGGGAUAAGAACGGUGGAUGUGAGCAUCAAUGUUUGAAUCAUGACGGGGGCUAUGAGUGUGGCUGUUCCGAAGGCUUUGAAUUGGCACAGCACGACAACAGAUCAUGCUCGGAUAUCGACGAAUGCGCUGGGCAGAAUAGCUGUGAUCACACUUGUCACAACACUGAGGGUUUCUACUACUGUUCGUGUCACAGUGGGUAUAAUCUGGCGGACAACGGUCACUCUUGCUCGGAUAUUAAUGAAUGUGAUGUGCACAACGGUGAUUGUUCGCAUAUUUGCGUAAACCUCCUCGGAAGCCAUGAAUGCUCGUGUCCAGCGGGACAGUAUCUACUUGAAGAUGGACGCUCGUGUGAGUUCGUGAACGAAUGUGAGUUGAACAAUGGUGGAUGUUCCCACUCUUGCAACCAUGUCAAAGGAGUCAUUACAUGUUCGUGUCCGAAUGGAUUCGAACUGGAUAAGGAGACCUUCAAGACCUGCAUCGAUGUGAACGAGUGUGAUCAUGAUAACGGAGGAUGUUCGCACAGUUGUUCAAACUACCCCGGAAGCUACCGGUGUUCAUGUCCGGAAGGGUACGAACUGAGCCGCGACCAGCACACGUGUGAGGAUAUCGACGAAUGCAUUGAGAAUAACGGCAAUUGCUCGAACAUCUGCAUCAAUCUUUUCGGUGACUUCAAAUGUGCCUGUGAGGCCGGUUUCGAGCUGGAGGAUGAUCAGCGAUCAUGCCGUGAUGUAGACGAAUGCACGGCCAGGAUUCACGACUGUUCGCACGUUUGUGUGAAUGUCCCGGGUACGUAUGAAUGCGAGUGUCCGGCGGGAUAUACGCUGGGACGGGACAAGCUAUCCUGCGAAGAUAUUGACGAAUGCGAGACUUUGCCCGAUAGGGCAGGCUGUGAACACCAGUGCAUUAACACCCCCGGGUUGUACAGAUGUGCGUGUGAGGAUGGCCAUCGGUUGGAGCGUGAUAACAGGACGUGUUCGGAUGUAGAUGAGUGCGCGGAUGAAACUAGAAAGUGUUCGCAUGACUGCGUGAACACGAAGGGUAGUUUCGAGUGUUCUUGUCCCUCGGGUCUGCGACUGAGUAUAGACGGGGUGACCUGCGUAGAUGUUGAUGAGUGCAGAAUCAACAGCUUCAACGGCGGAUGCUCGCACAUUUGUGAGAACCAGCACGGAAGUUUCGAGUGCCGGUGUCCAAGUGGGUGGAUUAUGGGUAGUGAUCAAGCUACUUGUGAAGAUGUGGAUGAGUGUUCGGUCCUGAACGGUGGUUGUAGUCAGCGGUGUAUAAAUAGUCGUGGCGGAUUCCGAUGUGAGUGUGAGGCCGGAUUCGCGUUGAUGGCUGACAACAAAACUUGCGAAGUGGUUGAUCCGUGUGCUCUGCGAAAUGGCGGAUGUCAACACUACUGUAGUCUGAAACAUGGACUGCCGGUGUGUUCCUGCCGGGAAGGGUUCGUCCUGAAUAAAACAAACAUGGCAAGUUGCGUAGAUCAUGACGAGUGUCUGAAAGAUAGUGAUAAUAACUGCCAGCAGAAGUGCGUCAAUUCGGAGGGUUCAUUCAAUUGCGAGUGCUACGCGGGCUACGUGAAGAAUGAGUUAGGUCAAUGUUUGGAUUUGAACGAAUGUUUAGAAGGAAAUGGCGGAUGUGGAGCCAAUUCGCGGUGUGUUAAUCUAGCCGGUAGUUUCCGUUGUCUGUGUUUACCUGGCUUUAAGAUGGCUAAAGAUCGAAGAACGUGUCAUAAGAUCAAGGAUAACUGUAAGCCACUGAAAGCACCGGUUAAUGGUGAAAUUAGAUGUUCUAAAUCUCGUCACAAGACGGAUCUGUUCUAUCGAUCAAAGUGUUCCAUCACGUGCAAGAAGGGUUUCAAGCUCCUUGGACCGAGCGUGAGAUACUGCAAUGGCACCGGUCAAUGGGAUGAAGGGGAAUCAUUAUGUGUUGCGCAAGCUUGUCCACGCCUUCAGCGCCCGGAGCAUGGGACAAUCCUCCCCAGCGCAUGUAUGAACGGGAAGAUCUACGCUGGAGAACGAUGUGUCCUUCACUGUAAACCAGGCUUUAAGCCAGCUGGUAAGCGAACAACUGUUUGUGAUACGGAGCAAAAUUGGACACCUACUCCGAAGCUGCACUGCAUACCGGCAGCCACUCCGGCGCCGGUUCCAAUCAAACCAUACAUCCAAUGCCCCUCGGAUAUACAAGAAGUCUUACCUUACGGCGAACACACGAUAAGGAUUCGGUUGGAGCAGCCGAAGAGUAACGUGGAUUGGUACAAAUACGUGGAUGCUCAUCCAGCUUGGGGUAAACAGCUGGAAGCCGAGCUUCCUGCGGGAGAAACGUCGGUCACAUUCCGAGCAAGAAGCCCAAAUUCCAACAUGAACGACAUCUGUCGAGUACUGAUUAGGAUUAGAGAACGGAAACCUCCCCAAGUCGUGAAUUGUCCGGAGUCCUUCAAUGUCCGGCUCGAAGAGAAUGAGCAUUCACGAUCGAUCUACUGGGCUGAACCAACUUUUGAGACUGAAGCUGAGCUCAAGCAACUGUACAAAUCCCACUCUCCGGGUCAGGUGAUGAUAGCGGGAAUUCAUUACGUGAAUUACGUGGCGACAGAUGCCGAUGGGCUUAGUGCCAAGUGUAGCUUUGCUAUCACGGUUGAAGCAGUAGAAGUCCGAAGAGUGGUCCACCGACCACUCGAGACGAACCGGCUGGAGAACCACGAAUCGUAUCUCAUAUGUCCGGGCAAGUCACCGCUACCGAUCGAUCCCAACGCCCUCGAUCAUACUUAUUGGUCUCAUCAGUGGAAUCAGCUUGUUCGCCAGAAUCAAGUUCAGCAUCGAUCGCUCCACAUACCACAAGGCUGUGUGGUUAAAAACAUUCGCAUCAAGCAGAAGCUGGCACGUUUGCGGCACCAGCAGCAGAUCGUCCAGCAGCACUUGAAGGAACUCGAGGAAGCUCCCAAUCCGGACCGGAUGGCCAUACAGCAGCAGGAAAGACGCUACAACAACCUGCUGAGGUUCUACUCCACUUGGGACAACGUGUACAGCAGGCAGCAGCAGUACAACCACUUCGAAGAUCUUCCCUACCACCAGUUCCGAGCUCAGCAUCCCCGGAGAUGGUUCAAAAAGCGCAGCAAGGACAACGAACACGAGCAAAGGACAAAAGAUACCACCUCCGUUCGCAAUCAGCAGGAGGAAAUUGAUGCUGCCAAACCAUAAACCACUCAUAAAAUGCCGAUACAUAUAACAAGAGAAAAAAUAUAUUUUUGCUGACUAACAACAGAGAAGAGAAUGAUGCUGCGUGGGUAACAUGCACGUGCUCGAACACUCGACACAUUUAAUAACACUCUUCCAUGGUGCUUUUAUAAUCGGAUCAAUUGUACUUAUGAAAGGUAACGAUAAUGGGGGUUGACAAGGGGAGUUUGAAUCGAAGAAUUAGUGUAUUGUGAGCGAUAGAACGAUAGAAAAAUCAAUAUGUCCGCUAGGAGGCACGGGGGACUAUUUUAUAUUCGUAUGAACGAGUUGAGUAAUAAAUCAGAUUGGGGAAAUGAGAAGAGGACGAAGGCCUGAGUGUCUUGGCCAAUAGAGCGGGUAGAAAUAUAUAUAAAGUAUAGCGC